AGCAAAUGGUUCAUCCCAGAGGAGUGACUCUAAGAACACAGGGUGGUGUUUGGCCACUUCUACAUAUAUGGCUAAUGCACCUUGUGUUCUCAGGUCACCCCUUUGAGACACACUGUUUCUAUCUCGAUUAUAUAUUAGUAAAUGUGUAUGCUUUAUCUUGUGAAGUGUUUCAAUGAAAAAAUAAAUAAUACCUCAUUUGUCUUCUCCAUCCAAAUCAAGCAUCCUAUCCCCACCUCUUAAUUCUAAAUCUUUUUCAUCUCUUUUUGUUGUUUUUAUUUCAGUAAACAUGUAUGCUUUUCAUUGAACCACUUCACCAGAUAAGCAUUAGUUUAUGCGUAUGAGUGUGCAUCCAAGAAUUACAAGAGAGUUUGAUUCAUUUGGUUUAGCUAUUGCAUCUAGGGUGGAAUUUCCUAAACCCCAUUGUAUUAAUCACAUUUCUAUAUUUGUUUUUUUCCAUUUCAUUAAUGUAAAACUUUAUACAAAAUUUUCCAUCUUUAUAUCAUUCUAAAAAAAACUUUUGGAUAAAGCCACUCUGUCACAUGAUACAACCAUCUCACUUAAGGAUCCGAAUCUUCUCCUUGGCUGGGCAUUAUCCUUGGCUGUCCUUAACUUUUAAUUUUGUUCAUUGAUUCGAAAUCUAAAGAUCAAUUUAUAUACAUAAACAUAGUGCCAAUUAAGGAUGAAGACCAGCCAAGGAGAGGAUUUGGAUCCCUCGCUUAGAUAGUGCCGCUUUCAGAAGGUAACUUAUAUAAUUUUUUUUUUGAGAAAAUUUUACAGACAGUACCUCAACUAAAGUUCAUUCAUCAUGUUAGUACUUCAAAAUCCAAAACUAUCACAUUGGUACCUCAACAUUUAAACUUGACAUAAUUUUCAUACCCUUCUUCCACUCAACAUGGUUGCAUAGAAGAGGCAGAAUUGCCCUUGAAAUAACUUCCAUGGUAAUAGAGUUGACACCGUUAUAACUGGAGAGUAUGAAAAUUGUAUCGGCUUUGAAUGUUGAGGUACCAAUAUGAUAGUUUUUAAGUUCGAAGUACCAAAAUGAUGAAUAGAUUUUAUUUAGGAUACUAUUUGUAAAAUUUUCUCCCUGUGUUUUUUUCGUUGCGGAGUAAAAGAGGCGGGAUCACAGAAUUGUCCAAUACAAAAAGUCGAAAAUGCCACGAAACAAAAAGCAUAUGCCCCUAGAUUUCACCCAAAUAUACCAAAACUACCCUUAGUCGGUUCCCGUGGCCGUCUUCCUAUAUUAGUCCCCCCACGUCCCCCGGAAACUGCAAAUUUACCCAAUUACCGGAGGUUUAACCCGAAUUCCAAAACCCGGACCUUCAAAAACCCUAACUCUGCACACAUGGAGAUCGAUCAAUCGGAGCCGCAAACCAAAAGCGAAGACCUCUUCAAAGCCGCCGAGACCGGCGACUCUUCGGCGUUCGAAUCUCUCACUCCAAAGCAGCUCGCUUCAGCUUCCUCUCUCAGAAACGAGGACGGCCGCUCCCUCCUUCACGUCGCCGUCUCUUCCGGUCACUCUCAGGUGGUAAAGGUACUGCUAGCUGCUGAUGAAUCGAGUGGUGUGAUAAACAGUAAGGAUGAAGAUGGUUGGGCACCGCUGCAUUCUGCGGCGAGCAGUGGGAAUGUAGUAAUAGUGGAGAUGCUGCUAAGCAAAGGAGCUGAUGUUAAUUUGAAGAACGAUGGUGGUCGCGUUGCACUUCACUAUGCUGCCAGCAAGGGAUGGAUGGAGAUUGCUGAAAAUUUGAUCUCACACGGGGCGAAGCUUAAUGUACAAGACAAGGUUGGUUCCACCCCAUUGCAUCGAGCAGCUAGUACUGGGAAAUCACAAUUGUGUGAACUUCUAAUUGAGGAAGGAGCUGAAAUUGAUGUUGUUGAUAAAGCUGGCCAGACUCCUCUUAUGAGUGCUGUGAUUUGCGAGAACAAGGAGGUUUCUCUCCUUCUAAUAAGGCAUGGAGCAGAUGUGGAUGUGGAAGACAAAGAAGGGUACACAGUGCUUGGUCGAGCUUCGAAUGAGUUCAGACCAUUAUUGAUUGAUGCCGCUAAGGCGAUGCUUGAAGGGUGAUUUUUUAGGACUAAUUUGUUUAUCGAUGGAAAAGCUAAGUAGCAAGGUUGUCUUCUAUGUAUUUGCGGAGAGAUGUUCCGGUUUCCGAAAGAUGUUAAUCAAAUUUUCUUUGUUGACAAGACCAAUUGAAGUUUUGUUUGUACGCUCAAAAGUCAAAAGUAUGAAUGAAUUAAACAGUGUAAAGAUCAAUAUGGGAGCAAUGCAAUUAGUUUGAAUU